GGGGGUUGUUUACAGUUUUGCCGCAAACAAGAACAUUUAAAUAACCCGUUAAUUUUAUCAGUACCCUUGUAACAAUGUUAAUACAGUAUUCUAUUAAUGAUUUAAUAUCCGGGGGGGAAACUAAACUAACCCUAAGUUCUUAUCAUUUUUAGGACCCCAGUCCUAACUUUCUCACGAAUACCCAAACCACGGCGCCCCUGGACCCACCCUCCGUAAAAGUUCGAGCUUUUUUCUUUGUUGUGAGUUUUUAAGCUUAUCUCUACCUUUUUCCGUAACCUUUACGCAUCAUGUCGAGCACCGUAAAGAGCUUCAAAGUUACUUAUAACCCCGUGAAUGAGGAAAACACGUUCACCAGCGGCGACUGCCUUUCGGGUCAGGUCACACUUGAAGUGGCCAAAGAGUGCCACAUAAAGUCCCUGUUAAUUCAAUUAAAAGGGAAAGCCCGUGUCCUGUGGACCGAGACCUACGGGCAAGUUACUGUCCCGUACUACGCCAAGGACAAGUACUUUAGCAUUAAACAUUACUUUAUUGCAGACAAAGAUUUCAAAGGAGAUGACAACCAAACACUACUGACAAGCCAGAGCGGAGAAACAUACAGCAGUGUUGUGGCCCCAGGAUGCCAUGUUUACCCGUUCACCUUUCAGAUCCCCGGUGAGAAUAUGCCCUCCUCCUUCAACGGCUCUGCUGGGAAAAUUGUGUACUCGCUGAAAGCCAGGCUGAGCAGAUCAAUGAGGAUCGACAAGAAAGAUUCAACGAAGAUCAACUUUGUGACAAGAGCAGACCUGUGCUGUGAUCCCGAACUAACCACACCACAGCACGAGUGUAAGGACAAGGGAAUGAAAAUGUUCUCCUCAGGAACAGUAGCCAUGGAUGUGGACAUUGAAAAGACAGGUUACUUCCAAGGAGAGGGAAUAAAGGUUCUGGCCUGCAUUGAGAACAACUCGUCCCGUGAGAUCAGGCCCAAGUACUGUGUGUACAGAAAGCACAGCUUCUUUGCAAGUGGGAGGAGAAGACUUCAUACUAAAGACCUCUUAAAAGAAGUGGGAGAGCCCAUUGCUCCUUCUGAUAGUGUGAAGGUCUCAAGAAUCAUCACCAUCCCCCAUGAUAUGGAGCCCUCCAUCCUCAACUGCAGCAUCCUCAAGGCGGAGUACAGAGUGAGGGUCUACCUCGAUGUCAAAUAUGCCUUAGACCCUGAGAUAAAAUUUCCCAUAGUCAUCCUGCCGGCCGCUCAGGCUCCUGCUAUGGCACCACCACCUGCUACUUCUGGCUUUGGAUUCGAACCAUUUGGGAACACAAACCCACCAGCAUUGGGCGUUGUACCACUGCAACCAACAGUGGUACCAACAGCACCUCAACCACCUCCUUAUGGAGCAUUUGGAAUGUACCCUCCUUUGACAGAUUUUGGCAAUAACUAUCAGUGACAGGCCUGCGAAGGAAGUUGAACAAACGACUGGUUAUGUAUCACAAUACAGUGGCUUUCUUUUUACUUUUUAAAAAUGUAUUUGUAUUUUUUGGAUUACUGCUACAGUAUAUAAUUCAAAAAGUGAGAUUCUUCUCACUGAACUCUCUGGUCAGAGUGAAGCUGUUUGGUGGAAACCGCCACUAUAUGCGCCCUAUGUUCCAUAGCUCUUUUGUUCUAUGUAAAGGGAAGUGUUUAUAUAUUGGACAAUAGUGUUAAAAUAUGUCACAUCAUUUCCAAAAUAACUUUACAAAUAGUGGAUCCUUGCAUACACUCAGAUACCAGUGCCUUUUAAGCUGCAGGAUUUUGCCCUGUAUGUGAUUCUGUGACGGUCUCAGUAACUCAUGGAGAGAGAAGGCUACACUUUUGACUUCGAGACUGUUACACUAACCUAAAGGUCCAGUAUGUAACAUAUAGAUAUAUUUGUAGUUAUGAAAUACCGUAUAUAUCAUAGGUUUUUAUAAGUGUAUAAUCACCGGAAAAUAAGAAUUGUGUUUUCAUUACCGCAUGAGUCGUCUUUAUCUACAGAGAGCGGGUUAAAAAAACAGGCAGAUAUCAUUAAUAAACUUAUAAUCAAAGAGCUGUUCUGUUUCAGAUAGUACUACAAUAUUUUCUGUAUGAUCUUUGACAACACUAUAAAACACAAAGCUGGCAACAAUUUCUAACCACAGAAACAUGCUGGAAUGCAGCAGAGCAUACCUCUAACAAUACCUCACAGAAGUCUCCUCUGAAGCGGGUCCUAAUUUAGGUAGACUCAAGUUACCAAAUGUUUGGAGUGCCUACCAAUCAUCAGGGGAUUUCUAAAUGCAGGAUAGUCAGGUUACAUUGUGAGAAGCAGAGUGAUGAAUGCUUUGUCAGGAAGUUCAUCCAUCCUGCAAAAACGUUUGUGUGUCUUGUUUUUCAAAAAGUAAUGUAAAUGUGAUGUAGUGAUGUAAAUGAUAAACUGUGACCUAAAGUGUAUAAUCCUCCACUUUUUUGUUUGCGCUGUGACCAAAGUCCUUUGAUUAUGAAUUGAUUGAACAUUUGAUUAUGAUCUUGUUGUUCAGUAAAGCUCUAGCAAAACUCAGCAAUAUGUAUACCUCUCUAUAUCACCUUAUAUUACCUUGUUGGAGUAACAUUUUGUACUUUCAUUUUUUUUUUUAUUGUAUGUAGAAUUGUUUAGCAAACUGAUAAUGAACUGAGGCUCAGUCAAGUAAAAGUCUUACAUGCAAAAGUAAAAUGUAACCUAUAUACUGUAAGUAGUAUUAGCAAGGUGUACUUAAGUGUUAAAAUAAAGUACUCAUUGUGCAGUAAAA